CAAACAUCUUUCAAGAUCGACUGUUACCCCUUGAGCAAAUAACUGAAAAUUCUUCUAAGUUGGGCUUAUCAUCCUCAUCCUGCGAAUGACGAAUGAGAGAUAAAUACCUCUUUACACCAUAAUCUACUUAGUACAUUAAGUUCUUAUUCUUAGACAGAGAAGACUUCAUCAUGCACAUCCAAGUCAGGGUUAAAACCUUUUCAUAGCCACGAACGCCACGAAUAUGAAUACCCCAAGAAUUCUCUUUAUUGAUGCAUACGACUCUUUUAGCAACAAUAUCGUUUCUCUUCUAACCACCACUCUAGAUGCUCAUGUUGACAUCUUACCUAUUGAUCCGCCUCAGCUCAACCCGAAAGAGCCGAAUUUUGCUCAGGAGUUGACUAACCUCCUGCGUCGUUACGAUGCUGUUGUUUGCGGACCAGGACCCGGCUCACCGGAACUAGCCCAGGAUGUGGGGCUCAUGAGAUAUAUAUGGGAUCUUGAGCCAGAACAUCUAAUUCCGGUGCUGGGUAUAUGCCUAGGGUUUCAGAGCCUAGUUGUGAGCUGUGGUGGUAUUGUGAAGAAAUUGAGAACUGGUCUACAUGGCAUGAUUCGAGAAAUCGACCAUGCAACAGAUCGGCCUAGUUUACACGAGGGGAAUAUCUUCUAUGGUAUUUCUCCUUUCAAGGCCACACUCUACCAUAGUCUUCACGCGGAUAUAGGGCAGGACUCUAUAUCUGCGGAGAAGUGGGCGUGUUCCAAAUGGGCAUCACCAGCUCAUCUCCCAGAUGUAGUGCCCCUGGCGUGGGUCUAUGAAGAUCGAGGCGACUGUGUAGAGCGAAUUCUCAUGGCUAUGAAGCAUAGAGCAAAACCGUUCUGGGGCUUACAAUACCAUCCCGAAUCGAUAUGUACUGAGCCCAUUGGUCAUCAGGUUAUCAAGAAUUGGUUCAACGAAGCAAUGCGAUGGAAUGUCGGGAAUAAACGCAUAACGAGUUCGAUACCCAUUGCACUCGGGCCCAUUACCGAGCUACCCAGAUUCACCACAGGUAACCUUGGGGAAAGUAUGGACUGUUCAGUAUCCGACCUAAGCAAUUCAGACUCGUGGAUCAAUAACAAUGAUGACCUAGCAUCGUCGGGGAUCGGCUACCACUACGGCUCAAGGACUCUAAAUCUCCCCAUUCAUAUCGAAGCUCCAGACGUCGUCGAGAUACUGCAAGGUGAUAAGAAGGAUUUCAUUAUCCUAGACUCUGCAAGCGCGAAAGCGAACAGAAUCGGGGCUGAUGUUCGAGGGCGAUACAGCAUUAUUGCCCUCGACGUAGGUGAAGCAUUGAAGUUGGAAUACAGAACAGGAGACAGGCAUGUUAUUUUACGCGGCCUAACUUCUCAACUAUUCUCCCAAGAAGUCUCCGAAAUGAUCGAUCUUGGUCCUGGACAAACCAUAUGGCAGCUAUUAGCCGAAUUCUGGGCUAUGCGUAAAAUGACAGUGGAGGACAAUUCAAGCCCAUUUGUUGGUGGUUUCAUGGGAUACACUACUUACGAGCUGGGCCUAGAGGGAAUUGACGUCGAGUCGAACCAAGAGAGACUCCAUAAUCGGCCAGACCUCUGCUUUGCCUGGGUUACCAAAAGUAUUGUCAUAGACCACACAAAAGGCGCCAUACGUCUACAAUAUCUAUCGCCAUCAGAAUCUAAAGGGAGAAAAUGGGCGGAUUCCAUCGCUGAGAAACUCCACACUUCGACAGCUUGGCUGGAUGGACUUCGUGUGGAUUUUAAUAAGUGCGCACAACUAAGUCAACUGACGCCGCCGUCAACGCCGAAGUCUGCUCUUAUAAAAGCAUCCAUACAAGUGCCAGAUGCCGAUGAAUACGAGUCAAAAGUGAGAACUUGUCAGGAUUAUAUCGCCUCAGGCGACUCGUACGAAUUGUGCCUCACAGACCAGACGCACAUCACGAGACCUAGAAGUCUUUCGACCACAGAGUCUUCCCGUCUAAUCCCCCUAGAACCCGGUAAACCGCCGCAAAGCUCGUGGCAAUUAUAUCGAUCCCUACGCUCGCGUCAACCGGCUCCUUUCGGGUCGUAUAUCCGGCUCGGCGGUGCCACGCUGAUAAGCAGCUCGCCGGAACGCUUCCUCGAAUUUGGCGCGGAUGGCCUAUGCUCGAUGCGUCCCAUGAAGGGUACGGUCCGCAAGUCGCGCGCGGUCUCUACCCUCGAGCAAGCAGAGGCUAUCCUCCACGUGCCUAAAGAAGAAGCAGAGAACUUGAUGAUCGUGGACCUGGUGCGCCACGACCUACACCGCGUGUGCGGGCCCGGCCGCGUCGAAGUCCCCAAGCUCAACAUCGUCGAGGAGUACGCCAGCGUCUUCCAGAUGAUCAGCGUCGUCGAGGGCCGGCUGCCCGAGGACGGCUCGAAGACGGGGCUCGACGUGCUCGCGGCCAGCCUACCUCCCGGCAGCAUGACGGGCGCUCCGAAGAAACGCAGCUGCGAGAUCUUGCAAGAGAUCGAGGGCGGACGGGAGCGCAGCUUGUACUCGGGCGUUGUGGGCUAUAUGGAUGCCGCCGGGAAGGGCGACUGGAGCGUCACUAUCCGCAGCUUGUUCCGUUGGGACGAUGAGAGGGUUGAGGCCACGUCGGCGGAUGCCGCCGCGAACCACCAGCCACUGGAUCUCGAGGUCUGGCAUAUAGGUGCUGGGGGUGCGGUGACGGCCCUGAGUACGGCUGAGGGCGAGCGCGACGAGAUGUUUACGAAGCUGAAGGGGCCGCUGGGCGUUUUUGAUGAUGAGGCGUGAUGUGUGUUUGCGCAUGUCCAGACACAUGCGCAAGCUACUAGGUAGGCAUAUAUGUGUAUGUACCGUUUUAUGAGCCUACGUUUUUUUCUCGAAAGGAUCUGCGGUUAUUAGGCACCUCUUAUGUGGAUUAGGAUGGGUGUUCUUCAACGGAGCAUUUAUCGAAGGUAGAUAUGAAUGGACGGAUGUACAACUCAACGACAAAAUAUGGGAAAGGGGUACGGGCGGGAAAAUCGCAGCUCAUUCAUCAUAGAGUCGCAUAGUAGAAUAGGAUACCACACGGCAUUGCAUGAAAUCGAAUCGUAUUUUU